GUUUUCAAUCAAUAUGAGAAAUCCCAGGUACGACCACUAUAUAUAUAAAUAGUAUAUUACACAUUCACAAAUAAGACAAUAAAAAAAAAGUCCACUACAAAAAGUUGGGUUUAGAACCUAAUUAGCUUAGCCAUUAGCAAGUCAAAUAACAUUUCCUCCCCCAUUUUUUUUAACAAUAUGGGAGUGGUCGACGAAGACCAUUCCCUUCAGUCCACCAACUCCAAGCGUUUGAUCAUCAACUCCUCCCAUUUACGGUUUAAUAGUUUCUUUUAUUGCCUUUUCUUUGGUAUUGGACUGUCUUUAGGUGUCAUUCUCAGCUUAUGUUUUCAAAGCUUCCCAUUCAACUCACAAGCCUCCAUUUAUUCAUUCAAGUUGCCUCAAACAGACUCUCCACCUCCAUUAUCACCAAUAUUGCCACCUUUGAUAUCGGCUCCUCCAUUAAUAUCUCCCACGACCAUGAACGCUAGUUGUAUUACUAAUAAUAAUAAAGAAGAGAAAGUUGGGGUUGAUCAUCUGAUGCAUGAGAUGAAAGAUGAGGAGUUGUUUUGGAGAGCAUCGAUGGUUCCGAUGAUCGAAGAGCUGCCUUACGAGGAUGUUGGUCCAAAAGUGGCUUUCAUGUUCUUGACCAAGGGUCCACUGCCGUUGGCUCCUUUGUGGGAGAGGUUUUUCCAGGGACAUGAGGGAUUUUACUCUAUUUAUGUCCACACCGACCCUUCUUUCAACGACACAACACUAAACACUUCUGUCUUCUAUGGUAGGAGAAUUCCUAGUCAGGCAGUAUAUUGGGGAACGACAUCAAUGAUCGACGCAGAAAGACGGCUGAUAGCGAAUGCCUUAUUAGAUUUCAACAAUCAAAGAUUUGUCCUUCUCUCAGAGUCAUGCAUCCCACUCUUCAACUUCACCACUAUCUACUCUUAUUUAAUAAACUCCAACCAUAGCUUCCUCAACUCCUUUGACGACCCAAGAAAGGCUGGUAGAGGCCGAUACAACCCCCAAAUGUCCCCUCACAUCAACAUCACCCAUUGGCGCAAGGGCUCCCAAUGGUUCGAACUCCGUCGAGAUCUCGCCCUUCGCCUCAUCUCUGAUCGAAAAUACUACCCUAUCUUCCGAGACCUAUGUCGACCCUCAUGCUACAGCGACGAGCAUUACAUUCCAACGCUUGUCAAUAUGCUUUAUGCUCCACUCAACUCCAACCGAACUAUUACUUGGGUGGACUGGUCCAGAGGGGGCCCUCACCCUCGUAAAUUCGGUUGGGUUGAUAUUAGUACCGAGCUUCUUAAUAGGAUUCGAUUUGGGUCGUCUGAUUGCCUUUACAAUGGAAAUGUUAGCUCUAUUUGUUUUCUCUUCGCAAGAAAGUUCUUACCGAAUACUUUGAACCCUCUUUUGAGGGUGGCCCCUUCCUUGUUUGGUUUUAAUUCGUAGCUACAUGCACUAGUUGAUCUAUUCUAUUAUAAUGGAAACAUUUUCCAAUACUUUUUGAAAAAAAAGUUAAAUGAAAAAAUUAACUAUAUUUGUAAUA